AUGGCCCACCGCAUAAUCUUCCAGAUCGUAACCACCGGCUCUCGUGUCGUCGGCCGCGCCUUCGCCGAAGCCUACAAACAAGCCAACGCUUCCCACAAAUAUGCCGCUGCAACCGCUGCAUCUGGUACCGCUAAUAGCUUCGCCGACCGUGGUUUUUCAGGCCUCUCGAUCGACGAGGCAUGUCGAAUACUUAACGUGAAGACUCCGGAUGGGAAUGGAAAACUUACGGGCUUGACAAUGGAAGAAGUAGCGGCGCAAUAUAAACGACUUUAUGAUGCGAACGAUCCAGCGAAAGGGGGUAGUUUUUAUAUCCAAAGUAAGGUUUAUAGAGCGAAGGAACGGAUAACAUCACAACUUGGGAAAGCUGAAAUGGUGAACGAGGAGAUGGCUGCGGCGAGGGAAACGCCGAAGGUCUAUAAAGACAAAGUAUGA